AUGAACAAGGUUGUUGAAGGUGAUGUUUACUUCCAACAGCGUAGGGAUGCAGCUGGAAGGUUAGGCUUAUCACCUCUGCAAAAAUGUACAGCCGCGAUAAGAAUGUUAGCCUACGACAUGGCUGCAGACGCCGUGGAUGAAUACGUUCGAAUCAGUCAGUCAACCGCUCGAGUUGCCCUUCAACGUUUUUGUGCUAGGGUCAUUGAUCAGUUCGGAACCGAGUACCUGCGAAACCCUACAACUGAUGAUUUGGCCCGGAUACUGCAUCAAAAUGAACUGCGUGGUUUUCCAGUGUUCGAUGAGGUUCUGCAUGGUCGAGCUCCUCCGGUAAAUUUUACAGUUAACGACCAUGAAUACAACAUGGCUUAUUACUUAGCCGACGACAUUUAUCCGAAGUGUGCAACUUUUAUUCAGGGUAUCAUAUACCCUCAACUUCAGAAGGAUAAAAUGUUCGCUGACCACCAGGCUGCUGCUCGGAAGGACGUUGAAAGAGCUUUCGGUGUUUUGCAAGCUCGAUUUGCAAUGAUACGAAAACCGUCACUGGCGUACGAUGAGGACAUACUGCGGGACAUAAUGAAAGCAUGUAUCAUUAUGCACAACAUGAUUGUUGAAGAUGAGCGCCACAACUACACUCGAGCCGAAGUUCUAAGAAGCUUCUACGAAGAAGAUCAACAAGAAUUAACACCAGCAUCAGCGUCUACAACGCCACCAUUUGGAUUCAACGUAGGCCGACCUACCAACUUUGACUUUAACUCAUUUCUACAACGAAAAGCUUCCCUCCGUGAUAGAGAAAUUCAUCUAUCUCUGAAACGUGAUUUAGUUGAACAUAUUUGGUUACAAUACGGGCCAAAUAAUUAG